AUGUCAGAAGCAGCAACAGAUAUGACUGCUAACAGCGGACCUGCGAUGGCCAAUGGGGCUGCACACACCCCGUCACAGUCGAGACCAAUAUCCACCACGAAAUCAGACAUCCCUACCGCGAAUAUACCGAAUAAUGUACAGCAGGAAACAGAACGGCCCAACCUUACUCCUACGAAAGUAUGGCAGACCGAAAGACCUCAAGCAGCGAGGAAAUCCUCUCUACUGGCGCCAGCUUACAGGAGAGGUGAAACGAAUACAUCAAUGUUGAAUGAAGCAAUUUGGAGUAAAGCACCCGUUUCUAAGGACGAUGAUUCUACAAGUAGUAGCAGCAGUGAGGACGAGGAAGAUAUCCCAGCAGAAAAGAAGAAAAGGACACAAAUGCCAGGGAGGAAAAAUACAGAUACUGGUGGCAGGAAACAAUACAAUAAAUUUCAAGUUGGAAAUGAAGAUUUCAACACCAAAGGGAGGGUCUCGAAGAGAGAUGGGAGAUUAAAUAUCAGUGUCAAUGAGACCAGUAAUAGAGGAUACCUUGCUAAAGCAUUAGGCGCCACCUUCUUCAAUAAAAUCGGGAAUGAUAAUAUGACCGGCGAGUCACCAGAGGCGAAUCUUGUAAGGCGUCAAAGAGGUAAACUCGAGAGAAUUUCAUCGGAGGACACAAUCACUUCAGAUUUGCCCAGACCUAAGCUGAAUAUUGUUGUGAUGGUUAUUGGAAGUCGUGGCGAUAUACAACCAUUUUUGAAAUUGGGAAAAUGUUUGAAGGAGUAUGGUCAUAGGGUGAGAAUAGCAACACAUCCCGCGUUUCGAGAUUUUGUUCAGAAAGAUUCUGGUUUGGAGUUUUUCUCUGUUGGUGGAGAUCCUGCGGAACUUAUGGCGUUUAUGGUUAAGAAUCCAGGAAUGAUACCGACGAUGGAUACUCUUAAGAAAGGAGAAGUGGGGAGACGAAGGGAACAGAUGGCAGAGAUGUUUGAAGGCUUCUGGAGAGCUUGCAUCAAUGCUACGGACGAAGAGAAAGACGUUAAAAAUCUUAAGAUGAUGGGAGUUAGAGCACCAUUUGUCGCAGACGCUAUUAUUGCGAACCCUCCAAGUUUUGCACACGUUCAUUGCGCCGAACGACUUGGUGUACCUCUUCAUCUCAUGUUCACAUUCCCAUAUACUCCAACGCAAGCAUUUCCACAUCCUUUGGCCAAUAUCAAGAAAACAAAUGUGGAUCCAGGAUAUACGAACUUUAUGUCAUACCCGUUGGUGGAAAUGAUGACUUGGCAAGGACUUGGCGAUCUAGUCAACAAUUUCAGAGUAAAGACUUUAGGUCUGGAACCGGUAUCAACAUUAUGGGCCCCAGGCCAACUUUAUCGGCUCAAAGUUCCAUAUACGUACCUCUGGUCACCUGGACUUGUUCCUAAACCGAAAGAUUGGGGACCAGAAAUUGAUAUCGCUGGUUUCGUUUUUCUUGAUCUCGCAAAUACAUUCACACCAUCGGAUGAUCUUACCAAAUUUCUUGAAGAUGGAGAGCCACCAGUCUAUAUUGGUUUUGGUUCUAUCGUUGUCGAUGAUCCUGAUAAAUUUACGGAAAUGAUUUUUGAGGCCGUAAAGAAAGCUGGAGUAAGGGCGUUGGUAUCAAAAGGAUGGGGUGGCCUUGGUGCUGAAGGUAUCAAGCAGUGUUUGACGGAUGAAGCAAGAGAAGCGGUAGAGAAAAUUGCCAAGGGUAUUGAAGCUGAAGGUGAUGGUGCAGAAAAUGCAGUCAAGUCAUUUCAUCGAAGUCUUACUCUUCGAGGCGAACAUUCUAUGCGUUGUUCUAUUCUCGAAGAUCGAGUGGCGGUUUGGACCAUGAAAGGUACUAAUUUACGAUUAAGCGCAUUGGCUGCUGAACUUUUGGUCGAGAGGAAGCAAAUUACCUGGAAACAGUUAAGACUCAUCAGACAUCAUGAGUGGAAUGAUUUCGAAGGACCAGGUGAGCCUAUUAGUGGUGUCACAACAGCUGUUACAGGUACGGUCACGGGGAUUGCCACCGGCGUGGGUGGUAUACCAUUCAAGGUCAGAAAGACGAUAAAAAGGAGAAGUAUGCAUGAAGAAAGGAAGAAGAGGAAAUCGGAAGAAAUACGGAAAAGUGGAAGUGGAAGUACUCUUAACGAGAAGAAAGCAAGUUCUCGAAAGAGUGGCGAUAGUACUACACUAAACAAUCAGGCGAUACAAGAGGAAAAUCAUCAAAAAAAGAACGGUGAUCCAAACAAAAAUACCGAAAAUACAAAUUCAUCGCCACAAGCACAAAAUACGAGUCCCCAGGCAGCCUUAGAUUCAUCAACCAAUGCUGGCAUGGCGAAUCAUACCACAAGUGGUGAACCAACUCGCCAAUGUAGCCAAGCUAAUCGUGAAGAACAAAAUUUACAAGCCGCUGAUAACAUUGAGGAUCAAUCUAUGCUCUCACGUGGAUCCACUACAAACGAAGCCGAAGCAGUAGCUAAAGAAAUUGGUUAUGGUUUUGGGAGAACAGCGGAAGCAGUAGCUCGCGCACCUAUGGAUCUAGCACUCGCCCUCGCUCAAGGGUUUCACAAUGCUCCUCGCCUAUAUGGUGACACUACAGUGCGUCGUCCAACUCGAAUUACAGGUAUGAAGAGCGGAUUGAAGGCAGCUGGAGAAGAAUUUAUCUUUGGCAUUUACGAUGGUGUAACAGGUUUAGUAGUGCAACCUUAUACUGGAGCUCGGGAUCACGGCGCAUUAGGAUUUGUAAAAGGAGUAGGAAUGGGUCUUACCGGGUUCGUAUUGAAGGAUAUCAGUGCCAUCAUAGGACCAUUCGGCUACACAUUAAAAGGCGUGCACAAAGAACUAGUCAAAAGCAAACAGCCCACCGCUUUCAUCCGACGAGCCCGAAUCCUCCAAGGCCAACGCGAUGUAAAUCAACUGGCAUCCGACCCUAAAGAAAGAGAAGAAAUAGAAGAAAGAAUCACACAUGGCUGGGCCAUCGUCCUCCAAGUCUGGAAAAUAAUGGAUGAUAAAAAAAGGGGUGCUGGAUUGGGGUUUAAGGCUCGCAUAAAAGUAAUGCGUGAGCGUAAAACAUGGCGCACAAAUGCCGCAUUUGAAGGGGUAGGCGCCGCAGAGCGAGAAAUGCUCGCGAGGAAAAAUGGGGAUGGAAAUGGAAGCGUAGAAGAUGGUAAAGAACAGGUGUCUGGGAGACGGGAAGGGGAACUGAGGAAAGGAGAGUUGGAAGAUGAGAGGAUAUUGAUGGAUAAGGAGAUUCCUAGGGCGCCGGAGGGGAAGGAGGGUGAUGAGGAGGUUCAUUUUUUGAAUGGACGUGAGGGCGGAGAAGUUGUAGUUAGUUGA